AUUCAACAAGAUUUAACGCUCUAAAAGGAAAAGUAUCUAUUUUAUGGAUUUUUUACCAGCAUAUACAUUAUAAAUCUCUAGGAAUUUUAAAGAAAAAAUAUAACUUUAAACGAUAGUCAUUUUCUCAUGAAUUCCCAAUGAAUAAUGGAUAAAUGGACAUUUCUUUCUCUUUCUUUUUACAUAUUUUUCUUUUUCGUCUUAUAUACUGGAAAAGCGGCUAAUCUUGAUGUUUAUAAAUUAUUGGAAAAAUUUGGCAAGAAAUACGCAAUUUCGAGUAAUUCUUUAACAUGGUCUACCGCUCUAAAUACCUGUAGAAGUAAUGGUUAUACCGGUCUAUUUAGAAUAGAUAGCACUGAAGAAGCUGAAUUUAUUCGCCAAGAGAUUUUUAGCCAAUCAACCAAAACGUAUUGGAUAAGCGGUAAUGAUAAAAAAAUGUCAAAUUCCUUUAGAUGGGAGGAUGAGACACCUAUUCCAUUCACUUUUCUGGAUUGGUUUCCAGGGCAUUGUUCAAGCGUUAAAUACUGCGAUGUCCAACCAAACGAUAACGGAGAUUGCAUUGAGUACAUGAGGGAAUUUUAUUCAUAUAAUAAGCUUAAAUUGGCCAAUAGACACUACUGGAAUGAUGGUAAUUGUUAUAAAUCGACUCAAUUCAUAUGUGAAGGAAUAGCUCCAACUACAUCUCCAACUGUUGAAACUACAACCGUGCCUUUGACCACUGAAUCUACAACUACUGAACCGACGACAACUGAACUUAUAAGUAGCAAACAUACAACAAGUGAAUCUACUAUUCCUGAAUCUACAACUAGUUUGGGCCAAACUACAACUAGUAUGGGGCAAACAACAACUGAUAAGGAGAAGGAAACCAGUCUGAAGAUUGAAAGUAGUUCUCAAACCCUGGAAAGUUCACGUUUCCAUGUAUCGACAAGAUUAUCGACUUUUCCUUCAACGAGGCGAAAACAAGCUAUUUCGACUUCUCAAGGACUUUUGUCCUCAAUUAUUACAUCUUCUUGGAAGAGAAGUUCAACUAUAGAAUCGGCAACAGAGCAAAAUAUUUCUAUGACUCAUGGUAUUUUAACAACACAAGCUCAAAAAACUGAAAAUCUAACCUCAAUAGAAUCUGAUACAAAAUUCCCAACAACUAUAAAACAAACAACAGUGUCGAAUGGAAGAACCUUUAGGAAAAGUUCAAUUAGUCAAUUAUAUAAAAAGGAGACGAUGAGUGAGUUGACGUCAACAGAAUCUUCAAGAAUCUCAGAUUUAACAACUGAUGCAAAAAUCAAUAGGAAAAACUUUCUUUGGAAAAUGCCAACGGAAGAAGCACCUAAAGAAAGAAAACCCUGGCAUAUCUUUACGGAUGUAAAAUCUCUGAUAUUUGGUUUUGGUUGGCCUUGGGUACUGCUAUUUCUACCCUGUUUCCUAUUAGCAACUUGUUCCGAUAUCGAUACCGAAAUACGUAGAAGGUUAAAAUUACGACGAGCAUCCAGAAGAUUGUCUGACUGUUAUGAAACUGUUUAGAGAAGAAAAAUCUAUAUCUAUUAUCCAGAGAAUAAAAGGAUUCUUCUUUUUCAAGCUUAUUUCGGUCAAUGACACUGAUAAGAUGAAUGUUGAUAAUGCUUUAUGAUUAAAUUAUUUUUGAGGGAAAUUACAAAUUUAUAGACUUUAUUAUACAACUUAAAGAUCAAUGCCAUUGCCUGUCUCCUUGUAUCUAAAUGCGUUACCAUUUAUUAAUAUAAAUUAGUCUUUAUCUCAACAUUUAAAAUGUAAUUGUGACAUAAAAGAUAAAAAAGUCAUCAAGUGGUCUUUUGAAAACAAUAGAAGUUUUAUUCAAUAAUAUUAACAUAUAUAUAUAUUCUGAACAUUUCUAAUUUAUCUCUAUAUGCAACAUAAAAAG